UUUUUGCAUCAUCUGGUAUCACAGCUGCCUACAGGUCUGGUAAAUGGAAAAAUAUAUAUUUCAGAAAAACAAUUAUUCAGUUCUGGUUAAUAUUUAAGUAAUUGACAUCACAUUGUAAGUUAUGUAUCAGCUAGAAUCGGGUGUUUACUUUCCUGACGAGUAAUGAACAAUUAUGAAGAUUACGGUGAAGAGGAGCUAAAUGACUACAUCUUCCAACUGAGUAUUCAAGACUCCUGCCAGGAGGCCUUUCUGAAAUCGGCAGCCAGUUUGACGGCAGCGACAGAUGAAAAUCUGAGAGUUCUGGCUGCAAUCGAACAAGGUGAGGUGCCAGUGCUCAGGGAGAUGCUGAGGCACACCUUUGCCUUCAGAGAACCGGACAGUCGCGGCUGGCUUCCCCUCCACAGAGCUGCAUCCCAGCCGGUCCUGGAGGUUCUGGAGACUGUCCUGAGAUUGGCAGCUCAGGGGCUCAGCCUGGAGGAGAGAACGGCCGUGGGCAGAGAGACACCGCUGACACUGGCUGUUAAAGCUGGUCUGGUGCAUAAUGUGAAGAGCCUGCUGGAGCACAGAGCCUCGCCUCACAACACCAACAGCAAGAAUGAGUCACCGCUGCUGCUGGCUGUGAGAGUCGGCUCUUAUGACAUGACGUGCACUCUGGUGGCUAAUGGUGCCUGGGUGGAGCAGGUCUGCUGGAGGAAAUGGACAGCGAUGCACGAGGCUGCCAAACUGGGCAACGUGGACAUCCUGAUGCUGCUGCUGAGGAACGGUGGGCGGGUGAACCAGAAAGACAUGACUGGAGUGACGCCGCUCGCUGUGGCUGCAGAGCAUGGACACUUCCAUGUCACUGAGAUUUUGCUGAACUGCGGGAGCAGAGUAAACGCUCAGGCCUUUAAUGGGGAAAGUGUACUGCUGGAUGCAGCCGGAUCAGGAAACACUGCCUGCAUUCAGCUGCUGCUGGACAACGGAGCCAACCCCAAUCUGCCCAGCAUCACCGGAAACCUUCCAAUCCACAAGGCAGCAUACGCCGGACACUACGAUGCUCUGAAGAUGCUGAUACCUCUGACCACUAAGAAAGCCAUCAAGGAAGCAGGUCAGAGCCCAGUCCACUCUGCAGCGGAGGGUGGCCAGAGCUGCUGCCUGCAGCUCCUGCUGGCCUACGGCUUCGAUGUCAACUACCGCAUGAACACCAGAAACUCUGAAAACUACCGGGACAUGAGGAGGAGUGCCUUAUACUUUGCUGUCUCCAAUGGGGACGUAGACUGCACCAAAAUCCUGCUGGCGGCCGGAGCGAAGACGGACCUGGACCCACUGUGCUGCCUCCUGGUGGCCGUCCGGUCCGGCCAUUACGAGAUUGUGAAGCUGCUGUUGGCAGCCAAAGCAGUUGUGAACUGCUACUUCACUGUGGUGAGCGACACAAUGUUUCCCACAGCGCUGCAGUACUGCCUGAAGGAUGAGGUGAUGAUGAGGCUGCUGCUAAACAAUGGCUACAAGGUGGAGAGGUGCUUUCACUGUCACCACAACAGCAGCCUCGAGGCAACUGAUGAUGUGGAGGCGAAAAUCCCAUUCUGUGGGUUCAUGAGUCUCUGUUGCCUCAUGCAUCUGUCCGGGAGCGUGGUCCGGAUUCUGCUGGACUACGUCAGCCAUGUCCACAUCUGCUCCAAACUCAGACUCAUCCUGGAGAAACAGAAAGAGUGGGCCGAAAUAUGUGAAAUCCUUUGCAGUCCUCGCUCCCUCAGGCACCUCUGCAGACUGGAAAUCAGGAGGCGUUUGACCCUGAAGAGACUCAAUAAUCCUGAAAUUAUGAACUCACAUGUUUUCCCUCCAAGACUGAAGAGUUUCAUACUGUACCAGGAACUCGACCUCUACAGUCAGGACCCUGAAGGCAUCAUGUGAAGAUCUGUGGAUUUCAUGCAAGAGUCCUGGUCAUUUUGAAAGGAUGUGACAAUUUUUGUAAUCACUUUUUUUUCAUAUUAUAUUGAGCGCGCGCACACACACACACACACACACACACACACACACACACACACACACUGACAGAAUUAUAUCUUAUCUGUUUUUACAGAAGAUGUAAAUAUUAGAUACAUUAUUGGUGUUUUUUUUCCUGUUUUUUUUGCAUUUCAAAUGAAGCAUGUGGUACUUUUUGCCCCACAAGAUCCAAAAAGAUGGUGUUGAUCAGCUCAUCACUCUCCAGUAUAUUUCAACAACUGAAGCCUUGGUCCCAAACACAUCAAAUGUGGAUUAAUCUGCCACUGAAAAUAUUCCCCAUGAAUGUACUAUUUAUUUAAGAAAAAAUUAUGCUCUCACAUGGUAAGCCCUAUGUGCGAAUGUUUCCUUUUACAAUGUAAGUAUCCGUCAGUUAUAUUGUAUAUGAUCUAGCUGCAGCAAUCUUUUCAAUGUUAAAUUGUGAUACGUACAGGACGCCCUUCAUUUUGAAUGGUACGAUUGAAAAAAUCUAAAUUUGAUAACCAACAUAUAAAUCAAGAGUAAAGAGGUCAAGGGUCACAGCUGUUAACCUGCAGCAAAUGGAGAAGAAGCUGUCAUUCAUUUCACUCUUCAAGCCUCUUCAUUAUUUCAGCAGAUUGUCACCGACUUGCCCUCCAGCAGCAAAACAUUGUUGUCGUCUGACGAAUCAUUACAACACAGUAAAUAUUCAUACA